GCCUCUUGUGUUGUUGACACGUCCCAGUGUUUCAGAGGACCCAUGUCGUGAAUGGGUUUGUCUUAAUGGCCUGUUUUCGCUGCACUUCGGCUUCCUCAAGUCAGAUUUCCCAGCUAUGACACUGAGGGUGCUGUUGGCUAAAGCGGAGCAGCUGUGAAUCCAUCAUAUCCAGCCAAUGAACUUUAUCAGAGAACAUCGGUUUUAGGAUCAGAAACGUCUUCAGACUCCUGUGUCGAGAAAGUCUGCAGGUUUAAAGGGGAAGUCAUGGCAGCUGAUCUCUUACUAAUGAGGCGACUCACCAGUCUCAGACAAGUGCCAUAUCAAAGUCACAGCAGCUCUCUGCGGCUGAGUGUUCAGACGAGGACCAGCGUGGGUCUCAAAGAAAACCCGAAAGAUCAGAAGUAUAUCCGUAAAGAUCGAAAUGAUUCAAAGUUCAGAGCUGUUAUGGAAUCGCUCCAUAAUUACUCUCACAUUGGCAAAGGAUUGAGUGAUACUGAAUGUGCCAGGGCUCUUAAUGGCCUGAAGGACAAUGCAGAGGGCAGCGACAUGGUCAACAUUUAUAGCCGUGAAGGUUUGUGGGAAUCUAGAUACAAGCUAUUUGGAAAGGGUGCUCCCUCACAAAUGCCAGUCUAUGGACAGACCUGUUUAUUCCAUCAAGAUCACUCGCACUGUAGCGAUGUGAAAAAAGAUGACCCAGCCAAAGAUGACAGAAAAAGUGACUCCAAGAAACACAAGCAAAUGCUCAGUGAGAGUGCCAGGGAGCGCAAAGUACCAGUUACGAGAUUGGGACGCUUAGUUAAUUUUGGAGGCUUGGCAGUUGGACUGGGCUUUGGAGCAAUUGCUGAAGUGGCAAAGAAGAGCCUUCGAUCUGAAGAUAAGAAAGGUAAUAAGAAAGCUAUCCUUGACUCCAAUCCUUUUGUUUCUGAGGCUAAUGCUGAAAGAAUCGUUCGGACUCUUUGCAAAGUGAGAGGAGCUGCUCUUAAACUUGGGCAAAUGCUCAGCAUCCAAGAUGACGCCUUCAUCAAUCCUCAGCUUGCAAAGAUCUUUGACCGUGUUCGACAAAGUGCUGACUUCAUGCCCACCAAGCAAAUGAUGAAAGUGGUCAGCAAUGACCUGGGCCCAAACUGGCGAGAUGGACUGGAGUUCUUUGAGGAGAAGCCUUUUGCUGCUGCCUCCAUUGGUCAGGUGCACCUCGCUAGGUUGAAGGAUGGCAGGGAGGUGGCUAUGAAGAUCCAGUACCCUGGAGUGGCCAAAAGUAUCAACAGUGAUGUCAACAACUUGAUGACUGUCCUUAGUAUGAGCAAUGCAUUACCUGAAGGUCUGUUUCCAGAGCACCUGAUUGAGGUUAUGAGCAGGGAACUGGCUCUAGAAUGUGAUUAUGUGAGGGAAGCUGAGUGUGCCAAAAAAUUCCAAGAGUUAAUGAAGGAUCACCCCUACUUCUAUGUGCCUGAUGUAGUAGAUGAACUAAGUAGCCAGCAUGUCCUCACCACAGAGCUGGUGUCUGGUUUCCCUCUGGAUAAAGCUGAUGACCUCCCACAGAACCUGAAGAAUGAGAUCUGUGAGCAGAUUUUGAUUCUUUGCUUGAGAGAGCUCUUUGAGUUUAGAUACAUGCAGACUGAUCCGAACUGGUCCAAUUUCUUUUACGACCCUCAAACGCACAAGAUUGCACUGUUGGAUUUUGGAGCCACAAGAGGUUUUGAUGCAAGCUUUACAGAUGUGUACAUUGAGAUCAUCAAGGCUGCAGCAGACAGAAAUAGAGAGGGGGUUUUACAACGAUCUAUUGAGAUGAAAUUUCUGACUGGUUAUGAGUCAAAGGCAAUGGUGAAUGCCCAUGUGGAUGCAAUAAUGAUUCUUGGCGAGGCUUUUGCCUCAGAAGAACCUUUUGACUUUGGCUCUCAGAGUACGACGGAGCGGAUCCACAGCCUCAUUCCUGUAAUGCUAAAACAGCGGCUCACCCCUCCCCCAGAAGAGACCUACAGCCUGCACCGCAAGAUGGGAGGCUCCUUCCUUAUCUGCUCCAGACUCAAAGCCAAGCUGCACUGUAAGAACAUGUUUCAAGAUGCAUAUGCUAAAUACUGGAGAGAUAGACACAGAAAAACUCCAGAGUGAAGAACAGUGUGUGGAGUUGUUUUGGGAGUGAGGAGCGUGCAAAUCAAGAUGACAAGAGGGAGCAUUAAUUUAAAA